AUGGUCACAGCUCGGAACCCAAAGUUCGAACGGUUGCGGAGCUCGCAAAGUCUAGAACAAGCGAUCCCACCGGACGAAGGGGAGUGCCAAAGGUUAUCAGCAUCUGAGCUUGUCGCAUACUGGGAGUCGAUCCAAGGUGAUAACGAUGCCAAAAAUGCCACGCCUGCCCCCCAAGGCUUGCCACAACGACCUAGGGCUGAUAGUACGAUCAUCUCUCCCAAUUUUAUGGGAAACACGAACCGUACUCUUCUCGGUAAGGCACCCGAGGAGAAGCUUUACCCUGUGGCCGAACAUAUUUCAGUCCCAACGGACAAUAAUUCGGACCCAGUGGCAACGUCGCCAGCCAUGGCAAAUUUGAACCGCACAAGAGCCUGGCUACGAGAUCUGAUCAAGCAACCGCAGCCUUACAAGACCAGGUUCACCGAGCUCCCGCACAGAGAUCCAAUGCAUGAACCCUUAUUGGAAGACUACGAUUCUGCGGAUCCUCGAUCACUGCUAAGGAAAUCCACAGCCGACGCCUCCAUAGACAUGAAAUUCCGGAGUACUGUCAACAAUCUGGAGAACCUUCUCAGUGAAGCAAUGGAGCUGGCGGCAGCAACUGCCCAGCGAGAAGUUGAUCACCAGUGCCCAGACUAUUAUGAACUUGACGAGCUCACCCAUCGUGAUGUGCCAACGCCUGCGAGUUUAGACGAGAGCUUCCCCAGCGAAAACGGGUCGAUGGUGAAUGAGGUUGGCGACUUUGACUACUGGACUGCUGUGGAAAGCGCCUUGGGAAUCCAGCCUAGCAACGAUAGUAACAGACGAGAGCCGAAGCACUACCGGUCGGCUCCAGGAAUGCGCAGUAGGAACGUGGCAGUCAAGAUUCCAGUGAGAAAAUCCAGUUUGAUGAAACCCAAGGUCAAAUCAAGCUACUCGACUCUGGGUGGUCCUCAUUACGAAGAUUUUGACGAAGAACCUCCGGUUCAUGACCCGGCUCCAGGGCCAGCUGAUCUAAGGACCAAGCAGUCAUCGAGAUCAGUAAUCCCGGCCAGUCCACCCGCCAGUACAGACUCACCACCGACAUUAGGGUGCCUGCCAAGGGUUGCUUCGAGACUCAGAAGCUACCGUAGCUUUGGCGCGAUACGGCCUUUACGCCGUGUCAGCUCGCUGCGACCGCAAGCUGAUGGUGCUAUGGAUACUCCUGACGAUGAAAGUGACUCUACAAUCAUUCGUGCAUCACUCAAACACAGAGUUCCAGUUUCAGGGCUCGAUGGACCAGCCGCAUCAACUGGAAAUCGUUCACAGCAAUCCCAUAACUCGUGGAAUUACGGUGAUGAUUCCAGGGGUCUGGGAGAAGGCGAGCCAAGGGACGCGCCAGAUACUCGGAUUGAUCUACGUGGAAGGUCUCAUGUCAGCCUCCGUGGCUACCAGGGCUUUAGCCUGGCACGAGCGUACCGUCGACAACCAGUAGCCCGAGACUGGUCUACUGCCCGUAAAAGGUUCGUUGCCGGAGUCGCAUGUCUGAGCACGGCCUUCAUCGGUAUGGUUAUCGGCAUCUAUGCUGGUCUUGUCCCAUCCAUUCAGUACUGGAUAGCUGAUCUCAAUCACUAUGCAAUCCUGGGUAAUGUCUUCUUCUACUUGGGCUUGGCUGUUCCCACCUUUUUCUUCUGGCCUUUACCGCUGUUGCACGGCCGGAAACCGUACAUCCUGUCAAGUUUGAUACUCGCGAUGCCUUUAUUGUUCCCCCAGGCUAUUGCCGUCAGCACAUGGCGGUCACCAUACGUGAGCACUUGGAGAUGGGCUCUUCUAGGCUCACGCGGGUUCAUGGGGCUCACUCUUGGGUUUGCGAGUAUGAACUUCCACUCCAUGCUGACGGAUCUGUUUGGAGCCUCCCUCAUGAGCGCCAACCCACAUCAGGAGGUGGUCGACAAGUUUGACGUACGCAGGCACGGAGGCGGCAUGGGCGUGUGGCUGGGGCUGUGGACAUGGUGCUUCACUGGUUCCAUUGGCAUUGGGUUCCUGAUCGGAGCAGCGAUCAUCAACAAUCUCAACCCAUCAUGGGGCUUUUACCUCAGCAUCAUGAUGCUGGCUGUCGUGCUUCUUCUGAAUGUCAUUUGCCCGGAGGUCCGACGCUCUCCUUUCAGACGGUCUGUGGCAGAGGUCAAGGACGGUAAACAGGUGUCACGGAGAGUUGCUCGCGGGGAGGUCAUGAUGCACCGGGUGAAAGAUGGUCCGACCUGGUGGUGGCAGGAAGUCUAG